GGGUCAACGGUUGGUCAUGUUACAAUACUUGUGGUGUUGAUGAUGAUAGGUUUCGCUCAGUCAGCGACUCCACCGGGGAUCGCUAAAAACCCAACGGAAGCAAAAUGUGAGGACCCUAGCUUCAAACAAUGUCACAACUUGGUGCAUGUUUGUCCUAAGUUUUGUGAUAAUGGCUGCUACGUUCAUUGUCCCUCCUGCAAACCUAUUUGUAACAACUCCACCAUGAAAUCCCCACCUCCCUAUGUUACUCCACAAAGUCCUCAGUCGCCUCCUACGCCUACACCGCCUUCUCCUUCGUCUCCUAUGCCUACACCACCUUCCCCUUCGCCCCCUACAUGGACGCCUCCGGCCCUUCAAGGAGCGAAAGCCAGGUGUAAAAACCGAAACUAUCCACAAUGUUAUGCCACCGUGCAUGCCUGCCCUCCUUCUUGUCCAGGAAAAUGCGAGGUCGACUGCGUCUCCUGCAAGCCAGUUUGCAGCUGCGAUAUGCCUGGAGCGGUAUGCCAAGAUCCACGUUUCAUCGGCGCCGAUGGCAUUACUUUCUACUUCCAUGGAAAGAAGGAUAAAGAUUUUUGUCUUGUUACCGACGACAACCUACACAUCAAUGGCCACUUCAUCGGCAAAAGGAACCACAACAUGGGCAGAGACUUCACUUGGGUUCAAUCCAUUGGAAUUCUCUUCGAUAAUCACAAACUACAAAUUGGUGCUCUAAAGACAUCCACUUGGGAUGACUCCAUUGACCGUAUCUUCAUCAAAUUUGAUGGCGAAAACAUCAUUCUACCCGAAACCGAAGGUUCCAAAUGGCAGUCUUCCUCAACAACAAUCACUCGGAUUCAAGACACAAACGAUGUCAUUGUUGAAGUUGAAAACAUGUUCAGGAUCUCUGCCAAAGUGGUUCCGAUAACAAAACAAGAAUCAAGAAUCCACAAUUAUGACAUAACCGAUGACGAUUGCUUCGCUCAUCUUGAUCUCAAGUUCAAGUUCUUCUCGUUAGGUGACAAAGUUGACGGUGUUUUGGGACAGACUUACAAGAGCAACUAUGUGAGCAAGGUGAAAAUGGGAGUGCUGAUGCCUGUUAUGGGAGGAGAUGAUAAGUUUUUGAGUGCAGGAUUAUUUGCGACGGAUUGUUUAGUCACUAAGUUUAAGGGUGGAGCCAGCAUUGAAGAAGUUUCACCCUUGAACAUGCAAUUGCCAAGCGUGAGGUGCCAAAGUGGAAUAUUGGAUGGGCGCGGUGUUGUAUGCAAGAAAUAGAUUGUUCUUGUUCUUGCAUGUUAGUAUGUUACAUAAUUAUGUUUUUAACAAUAUAUGUGUUAUAAGAAGAAUAAGGAGGGUAGCUAGCUUCCAAGCUAUAUUGACAAAUAAAUGAAUGGUUUUAUUUUCAUGAUA